AGUUCACCCGGCGCAUCGCCACAUCGUCAUCAUUGAAUCAUUCCCCUCGCACCCGUCACGCUUGCCACAGUCUGUUGACGGUGUUGCUCGCUGAAGUUUACUAUUCACUUCACACUUGUCACUCGUGAAACGGUCGUCGGACAGUGCGCAUCAGCUGUGUGUUUCAGGUCUCGGCAGAACGAUUUCGGCGACAAAUAAAAUAUUACAAUAAUAUUAAUAACAAUUAAUUAACAACAGACGAUAUCGAUCUCGCCGGUAAAAAGUCGGCAGGUCUCUCGCUCGUUGUAGUAUCAAGUGUCUUUGUGACCCGCGUUUGUGCGUACUAACGUCAUUCGCCCACACGUUUUCUCUGGUAAUCGAUUCUUCGGUCGAACGGUUCAGUACCUACCUGCCAUAUUUGAGGGAAAAUUUGCGCACUCCAACAUUUCCGCUACGAUCAGACACGGAUAAUAUUCCUUUACCCCGUCAUCACACGACUACAGAGCGCAGUUAACGUUCCGAACACUUUUUAUUCCUGUCUCGAGCGCAGACGUUCGCCACCGACAACUUCUUAUUUCGUCUUGGAGAUUCUUUAUUCGGCUGUAUUAUUUCUACAAUGGAAGGUGUAAAUGCCGAUAUCAUGCAAUCUGGUUUGCAACGUCUGUGGGCCAAGCGUCAGGGUACAAUCUUAAGCCACAUGCAUGAAAUUCGGGAUGAAAUAUUGGACCAGGGUCAAUGUGCAUCGUCAUUUGAUAACCAGCCAAUUGAUGGAGAAUUACUAGGGGAUAGAGUCAAGUCUAGAGAUGAAGCUCGUUACAUAAAAAAAGAGCUUGCUGAUACCUCUGAUCCAGAAAAGAUCAGUGUUUCAUCUGCAUUCAGCAGCUUAACAACUGCAAAUUUUAAAAAUUCUGAUUUGUGUAUUGAAGAAACUCCUGUGGUUAACCUGGAUGGAGCUGAGCUCAAUGAUUUUCCUGCUAAAUAUUCAGUUCCAUUAUUACGACCAUAUGAGUUUGCUGCUGUUGGUGUCUGGAUCCAUCCAAAUAUUGUGCCUGGAUUUAAAUACAAAGUCCGUCCAAUUGAAAAUAAAGAGCGUACAAGAUUCUUAUUUGAUAACAGAGCAUUGGAAUUAAUAAGCAUUGGUCGUGGUUAUUCUAGACGUUUAACAUUUGAAGCUAGUCCAGGGUUAUUGAAUAAUAACGAAAAUUAUUUUUGGACUGAUUCCAUGCCUUCUGGUUAUGCAUUUCAAGUGCAUGUUGUGUCUGUUGGUGACAACUUCACAGUUUUUGAUGCAAAUAAUGUUGCUGUGGCUACUAUUGAAGUCACUAAAAUUCCGAAUGCUCAGAGAGAAGUCAAUCAUGAAGUAGUAGAAAAUGGAGAGGUGAGGAAAAAUGUAGAAGUCAACAUUUUGUGCAAAGUAGAUUGGUUCUAUAAAGAAGAUACAUCUGCAAUAACACCUGUCACUGGUAUUGCUGUGGCUUCUAAACUACCACGUGGAUCAGCAAAGCUUAUCAAGAUAUUAGAUGCUUCUAUUGGUUUUAUACCAUGUCGAGGUUAUACUUUAAUACCAGGUGUAGAUGAUAAACAAAGGCAAUUGGUAUUAAAUGGGUGUAGUAUUGGUGAUGCUCCCACUAUGUAUAUAAUGACAGGUUUAGAACCAUACGAAUUGCCCGUGAUUGGCACUUACGUUGACCCAAGAAUCAUGCCUGGUUUUCAUUAUAAAGUACGUCCAACUGGUCAUAAAAGUUAUUUAUUUGAAGGAAAUGCAUUACAAUUGGUCAAUAUUGGAAUGGGAUAUGGAAAACGUAUGACAUUUAAACCUGACAGCCAUAAUCUUAACAAUAACACAAACUUCUUUUGGAGUGAUUCAUAUCCAGAGGGUUAUGGGUUUGAACCUCAAGCUGUAUUUUGUGGCAUGAAGUUUGAUGUCAUGGAUGAUACUCAGCGUAUUGGUGAAGCCACAGUGUUCCGCAGUGAUAAUCCUCAAAUUGAGGAUCAACAAUGCAUUGUUAAAGGUAUAGCUGGAGUGACAGUGACCAAGUACAUUCAUGUGGAUGUUACUUGUCAAGUGAUGUUGAAGAGUGAUAAAUCUGAUAAUGAGUCUCAUUCCGUUCGUGUUUCUGGUACUGCUGUUGUAGUCAAAUACGCUAAGCAAAACGAGUCUAAGUUAUUGUAUAUCGAUAAUGUUGGUCUUAGUUCUAAACUUAAUUUGGUGUUUAUGAAUCAAAAGUCUCAUAUUAUUUUCCAAGCUAAAUAA